CUGUGCUUCACUUCUCUCCAGUGUCUUUGUAAGGGAUAGGGUUGGUUUUUUUGGAGUGUUUGGAGAAACAUUAGAGGACAUCUGGAACGGGCAGCUCUGUUCAUGUCGUGAUUUUCGUUUUCUCGUGUCAUUCUCUUGAAGAGAGGAAAUGGUUGUAGUGGAACGUGUUACAAAUAAGCCACUGAUACGGAGCCUUUGCAGUUCAGAAACGUUCAUAGAGGAGCAAAUUUAGCCCUUUUCUGUUUGUGUUCUGCAACCUGCCCGGGCAAAAAGGGAACUAAAAAUGACGACUUCGUCUAUCAGACGGCAGAUGAAGAACAUCGUGAACAAUUACUCAGAGGCCGAAAUAAAAGUUCGGGAAGCGACCUCUAAUGACCCCUGGGGUCCUUCCAGUUCGUUAAUGACUGAAAUAGCAGAUCUGACUUACAACGUUGUGGCCUUUUCUGAAAUUAUGAGCAUGAUCUGGAAGCGGCUCAACGACCACGGCAAGAACUGGCGACACGUGUACAAGGCCCUGACGCUCUUAGAUUACCUGAUCAAAACCGGCUCCGAGAGGGUGGCCCAGCAGUGCAAGGAGAACAUUUUUGCCAUCCAGACGUUGAAAGAUUUCCAGUACAUCGAUCGAGAUGGCAAAGACCAGGGCAUCAACGUGAGGGAGAAGUCCAAGCAGCUGGUGUCGCUCCUGAAGGACGACGAGCGACUCAAGACGGAGAGGGCCCAGGCCCUGAAGACCAAAGAACGCAUGGCCCAGGUGGCCACUGGAGUGGGCAGCAACCAGAUCACCUUUGGCCGAGGCUCCAGUCAGCCCAACCUGUCCACCAGCUACUCAGAGCAGGAGUAUGGAAAGUCUGGAGGAUCCCCAGCCUCCUACCAUGGCUCGACGUCCCCUCGAGUUUCCUCGGAGCUCGAGCAGGCCCGGCCUCAGACGAGCGGGGAGGAGGAGCUGCAGCUGCAGCUGGCGCUGGCCAUGAGCCGGGAGGUGGCGGAGCAGGUCGGUGCCCGUGAGGAGCGCCUCAGACGCGGAGAUGAUCUGAGAUUACAGAUGGCUCUGGAGGAGAGUCGCAGAGACACAAUUAAAAUUCCCAAAAAGAAGGAGCACACCACUUUGUUGGACCUGAUGGAUGCCCUGCCCUCCUCGGCACCGGCCCCGCCGAAAACGGAGCCGUGGGGACCUCCCGCUGUUGCAAACCAAACUGAUCCCUGGGGAGGAUCCACAGUUACAGCUCCUGCCUCUGACCCGUGGCAAUCAUUUGGUGCCAAACCAGCUGCUUCCGUUGACCCUUGGGCAGCACCAGCAGGAUCCACAGCUCAGCCUCUGUCCAAAAAUGACCCUUGGGCUCCUGCUCAGUCGUCUUCUACUGCAGCAAAACCUUCUGUGGAUCCCUGGGGACCAGCACCUGCAAACAAACCUCUCUCUACUUCUGGAAGUACAUCUUUUGACCUCUUCAGUAAUUUGAAUGGUACAGUUAAAGAUGAUUUUUCUGAAUUUGACACACUUCGAACUUCCAAAAAGCCAGCUGAAUCAGGUUCCACUUUGCCAUCUCAGCAUAGCGGUACCACAAGUCCUGAUCUCUUUGAUUCCCAGCACUCGAGUGGGACAUCAGGAAAACAAAGUGCAGCUCGGAAAACCCCGGAGUCCUUUUUGGGCCCCAAUGCUGCUCUGGUGAACCUGGAUUCUCUGGUGUCUAAGCCACCACAACCUGUUACUUCACUGAAUCCAUUCUUGGCACCAGGCGCCGCUACAGCCCCGACUCCAAUCAACCCCUUCCAGGUGAAUCAGCCUCAGCCGCUCACCCUGAACCAGAUGAGAGCGAGUCCCGUGAUGGGAACCAGCCCUUCCUUCAGUGCCGUGCCCCCGAUGAGCAUGGAGCCAAUACCUCUGUCUUCCAUGGCCCCCGUGCCCGUGGGAAUGGCACCGCUCCCGGCGAUGGGCACCGUGGCCUCCAUCACCAGGAUGGGCCAGGGGCUGAGCAUUGCAGGAUCAAUGCCCCAACCUCUCCACAGUACAGGAAUCCCGCCGUCAGCCUCCCAGUCUGCAAAUACAACUAACCCUUUCCUCCUAUAAAGACCCAAUUAAAGGAACUUUUCUUUUCCUAGUGUUUCCAGGCUGAAGUCUUUACAGCGGAACGAACGUGGCCUGUGUGGACUGAACGGUGUGUGAGAGACUUGGAAGUAGAUUUGCAGUUUACAGUUAUGAUCUUUGAAGAGUUGUCUCUACUUACCAGUUAAUCUAAAUCUAGUCUUUGCUACAGAUGGUACCUUACUUUGGCUUGUUGAGCAUCAUGUGAAAAUGUUCAGACUUUUCACCAAAGUUAGAUUUCUGCCCAUUUUGUUACUUUGUUAAUCAUUUCAAUACACUUUCUAGGGAGAGAACCUGCCAUUUUAAACUCCGUUGGCUAUUUUGUAGAUGUCAGAUCAUGUGCUGGAUCCUGAAAUUACUAUUUACCUGCAUCUGUCACUUCCUAUGCCCAUAUGAUAGACCUGAGAUUCCGAGUGCUAGUGAAUGUUUUGCACAUAACUACACACAGUUCUAGACUGUUGGUUCACCCAUAGUCCUUACUCUUAGAAAGAGAACGAUCCGGAGGGCCCAGGUGGCUGGUUUUUAUGCAUUAAAACAUUGCGAACUCGCACUGCUUGUGGUAUCUGAGGUGUGACCGAGAAAACAAGCUUGUCUCUAAAGGAAAAUAACACAAAAACCCCAGACUAAACACCCAAGAACACGCUCGAGUUGUCGAUAUGCCGUGUGCUGUCGUGCAGUGUUGAAUUUGUACACUACUCUAAGGACUCCUGGAACUCUCUGUGAGUGGCUGCACUCGUGCUGAGUGAGUGUCCUGCUCUGUGCUUGUCCAGUACCAGCUUCUUUGGAAGUUUUUUCCAUGUGUAUUUUGUUUUUAUUUGACUUACAAUGUGAGUUGAAAGAAAAGGAAAAAAAAAAAAAAAAAGAAAAGACAAAAAAAGGACAAAAAAAAAUGAAAUACAGUGGGACAAUGAAUUCAGUUUCACCGGGGCAAGCUUUAAAACUAAUUCAGGCUUAACCUUGCUAUAUGCAGUUACUCUUGUAUACUUUUGCACAUAUUUUGUUUAGUACAGUUUCAUAUUUGAGUUUGCAGAGUUACCUAAUAGUCCUUUUUUUGCUAAUUUUUAUAAUGUGGUUCUUAUUUAACUGUCUGGUUUUGAUAGAUUUAUCAAGUCUGGCUGAAAAAAUUAAGAUAUUGGCAAAUGUCAUUUUUAUGGUUUUAAUGCCCUCUUAUUUAUGGUUUUAGCUCUUUGUUUCUGUAAAGAGAGUUUAAAAGGGAAGAUUAACACUAAAAUAUUUACUUUUAAAUGAAAUAUUCAUAAUGCAAAUCAAAAACAAAUCCUCGUGACUAAUUAUUUUUAGAAGAAUUGAAUUUGAGCGUAACAUGAUUUAAGACUACAUUAAAAAGAAAAAACACUAAAGUCGCCUUUCCCUUGAUUUGUUCCCGUUUCCUGACCCCCCCCAGACUGGACAGACUUUUAGCCUUGAUGAACAACAUCACAAGAGAGGCUGGUGGUGUGUUUUUUUUUUUUCCUUGUAAUACUUCUUGAGCUGUUAAAAAUCCUGAUGUACAAAC